AUGCAAUCCUGUGCGAAGAUACCGCUGGCUAAUACGUUAGGGCUACUGCUUUUACUAUUAAUGACCUUUUGUUCUGCAAAUGACAACAACAGCAGCAAACCACGUGAUAAGGUGAGGUUGUUUAAUAAAAGAUCGAGUAAUCGGGAGAUUCUUUAAUGUCAUUUGCUGUAUGAUAAUUGAAAAGUGAUACCACUGAACAGGCUCUAUAGGUAAAAAGGUCAAAGGAAAUGGCUGACUCGAAGAUUGUCAAGAUGUUUCUCUAAAAUGCCACUGUCUGCACUUUUUUUUCAACUCAAACAUUGGAAAUUGUUUUUUCAGAAUCUUAAACGAUAUUUAAAGCUAAACAAAUUUGGCCUACAGGACAACAAUGCAUGUUUCCAUUUAAUAUUCUUUUAGAGUACACGUCAGCAGACAUCAUCUUAUGGUUCCUGUGGUCAUGGGGGGUGUUUCUGUGCACCAGGAAUUCCAGGCAUCCCAGGAAGCCCUGGACCCGCGGGACCAGCAGGUGUUGCGGGAUCACCCGGUAAUCACGGACCUGAAGGACCCAUGGGCCCACGAGGAAACAAAGGUGAUGAAGGAGCCCGUGGAAGACACGGACCUCCAGGCCCCAGCGGUAACAAAGGUGAAGCAGGUACCCCUGGCCCCAAGGGACCUCAAGGACCCUCAGGUUCAGCUGGUUCCCCUGGAAACAAGGGUGAUACUGGUGCUCGUGGAAAGCAAGGUCCCACUGGCCCCAAAGGACCUCAAGGACCCUCAGGUUCAGCUGGUUCCCCUGGAAACAAGGGUGAUACAGGUGCUCGUGGAAGUCAAGGUCCCCCAGGUCCCAAGGGUGCUCCAGGAUCGUUUGGCCGUAAUUGGAAACACUGCGUUUUUAAGAAACUGAACGAUGGCAGGGACGCUGGAUUGAUCAAGGUAAAGACUCAGUUUACAGCUAAAAAUAUGAGAGGUUAGCCUAAAGUAAAUAAGAGAUUAACCAACUUCAGAUUUGAAAAUUCUAGUUUUGUCAACUUUGUCAGGAAGAACGAUUUUCAUUAACUAACCCAGGCCUGCCUUCAGAUAAUAUCUCUUUAUUAUUUAACAUUUUAGUCCGACUGUUUCAAUUUUAGUUGUUGAAGUUGCUGAUCUUCAAAUGAUCUUUGAUCUUCCUAUUUAUAUUUUCAUAGGAAUGUAUUUUCAAGAAGCUGUCAGACAACACAGCACUGCGUGUCUUCUGGACUGGCGCUCUUCGAAUCUAUAACUGUGACAGCUGCUGCGCUCGAUGGUAUUUCACCUUUAACGGUGCAGAGUGUUCAGCCCCAGCAGCCAUUGAUGGUGGAGUGUACAUGCACUAUGGAAGUGGCAGCAGACGAAAGGAUUUGCACCGCGUACGUCACAUAGAAGGUGUCUGUGAGAAAAUCCACAAGGGCACAGUGCGUGUGGGAUUCUGGGUCGGCAAAUGUACCGGUCAGAAAUCUGCUGAUGCUUACACAGGCUGGCCCGGAGUGUCCCGGAUCUACGUGGAGGAAAUACCUCCCCCACAGGCUUAA